GGUGUUUUUUUUUGUUGAGUUGAAUCUGCAGAUGGACAGAGCAGUAGAGUUGAAAUAAGUUUUUUAGAGAUCUAUAAUGAGCGUGUGCGUGAUCUGCUGAGAGGUGCGGAGCAGAAGAAGCCAGCACCCCUGAGGGUUCGAGAACACCCAGAGAAGGGGCCCUAUGUGCAGGGUCUUUCUCAGCAUGUAGUGACUGAAUACAAACAAGCAGUGGAUCUGCUUGAGGAAGGCAUUGCUAACCGCAUCACAGCCGCUACACACGUCCAUGAUGCUAGCAGUCGAUCCCAUGCCAUCUUUACCAUUCAGUACACACAGGCUAUUCUAGAAAAUAACCUUCCAUCAGAAAUAGUGAGCAAGAUCAACUUGGUGGACCUGGCUGGCAGUGAACGAGCCGACCCUCAAUACUGCAGAGACAGAAUAACAGAAGGCGCCAACAUCAACAAAUCUCUUGUCACCCUUGGCAUCGUCAUCUCCGCUCUUGCCCAGAACUCUCAGAUGUUCAGCAGCAGUCAGAGCAUUAACAGUGUGCUCAGUGAGGGUGAAGGGAGCACUGUGUGGAGCCAGUCCAGCUCUCUGUCAGGCAGCGGGCGCAGACAAUGCUUCAUUCCCUACAGGGACUCUGUCCUCACUUGGCUACUCAAAGACAGUCUGGGCGGCAACUCCAAAACCAUCAUGAUUGCAACUGUCUCACCAUCAAGCAGCAGCUACAAUGAGACUCUAAGCACCCUCCGCUAUGCAGCUCACGCCAGGAACAUCGUCAACAAGCCAAGAGUCAAUGAGGACGCCAAUGUGAGGUUGAUCAGAGAACUGCGAGAGGAAAUUGAUCGUCUGAAAAGCAUGCUGCUGAGUUUUGAAAUGCAGAGGAACCCCAGUCCAUCUCUCAGUGAUGAGAGAGAAGGGAGCUUGUCUGAUAUAGUCCUACAGAAUGAACUGAAGGUGGAGCAGCUGACUAAAGACUGGUCUGACAGUUGGUAUGAUAAGCGAGCCCUGUUGGAGCACUACAGUGUGGACAUUAACCAGGACAGAGCAGGAGUUCUCAUUCACUCGCUCUUGCCCCACCUCAUCGCUCUAGAGCCAGACGUCCUCAGCACAGGGGUCACCAUCUACCACCUUCAGGAAGGGGUGACAAGAACCGGGCCUCAGGAUGACAAUCUGAAAGAGCCUCACAUAGUCUUGCCAGAAGGUUCCACCUGCGAGAUUGAGAAUAAGAACGGGGUGGUGACUCUGAAGCCAGUCUCGGGGAACAUCUGCAUGGUCAAUGAAAGAGAGAUCAAGGAGCCCUGCAGACUUGCACAAGGUGCAGUGAUUACCUUAGCAGGACUCCAUAAGUUCAGGUUCAACCACCCUGCAGAGGCAGCUGUUCUGAGGGAGAGAAGACGGAUCAGUGAUGGAGGUCUGGUCUACAACGCUACAGAGCUCAACUCACCCAGUUCUGACGCCGGGGUUGCAGGAGCAGGUUGUCAUGAGAAUAGCAAUGGGACGGCUCCCAGACAGCGACUAGAGGAGCAGCAGUGGUACAUAGAGUGUCUACGAGAGGAGAUUCAGAUGGAGCAGAAAAGAGCAGAGAGAGAUCUGGAAAGAGAGCAGGCCCGUCUCCGACAGCAGCACACUGAGAUCAAGCAGUGGAUCUUGCAAGAAAAGCAACGGCUUGAAGCCCACAGGGAAAAGGGAACACUGGAGUCAGGGGUUCAGACAGAUCCCAUACUUCAUAGUGGUUUAUCAAGUCAGAUGACUGAGGAAGGCAGUGCUGAAAGAGUCCCACCAUCGACUUUAAUGGGUGACUGGAAAAGAGUGGUGCAGGAGGAACUGCUGAAGCACCAUGCAUUGCGCAGAGCUGAGAAUCGCAUGCGCCGCAAAAGGUUACAUUACCAACUGGAGAAGAUUGCACGAAAGCGCCAUCUGUUGGAGGUGAAGCGAGAGCUGCAGAGGCUAGAAAAUGAGUUUCUACAAGGGGGCGAUGAAGCCUCAUCUCCAGACGUGGGGUACCCCUCAAAGUCCAGGGGACGUCCCAUGACUUUACGAAGGCAUUCAUUUUCUGCUGAUCUGCUGUCCCGAUUGUACCCCCAGCACACUCCUAUUUUCAGCCAGUUCCUCAAAAGGAAUAGAUCUUCUGAGUUUACAACAUCUCUAGCUUGCUUUGCUCGUGCCACUAAAUGGGAAUCUGAUGAAUGUCUCCAAGAUCAAAAGUUUAGAAGACGUUCCAAUACAAUGCCCUCAAGAUAUGACCAAGGAUCCUCAAGUUGGGCCAGUUUUUCAAACAGCAUCAAAAGUCCCAUAAAAGAUGCAAGUUCAGCUGAAGCUACAAAAUUACAAACUGCUUCCUCAAGGUUGAUAGUCAAGAAAAGCACAAGUGACCAAGACAAGAAUUGUCAGGAUUCAAACACCAAAGCCACUAGAAAAGUAUUACCAAUAAUAAAACAGAAAAGUCCUGUGAAGGGAGCAAAGACUUUAUCUCAAGGUGGAAAUAAAGGUUUAGAGACCAUCCGCAAGGUUUUUUCCAACUCCGUUGGCUUUGGGAUCAGAACUGCUUUGGGAAAAGUUUUCCGCAAGCCACCACCAGGUUCAUGGGGACAUAGAAGUGUGAAAUCUGUGAAGAAAGCAACAAGUCAGCUUAAUGAGAAAUCAAACCAUGCCAAGACUCUGAAAGACUUUGAGAGAAAACAGGAAAAGUGUCCUAUCAGGCCGACAGUGUCUUAUGAAAGUUUGGAGAAGCUUAACUCACUAAAAUAUAAGCAACAGAGACACUGGCGUAGUGCAGAAGUUUUAACAAACACCAAGCCAUGGGUUGCAGUGCAAAAAGAAACAGCUAGAUGGGUGGAACAUGGAGGUUGGGAGGAUCCCAACAGAUCUUCAGAUUGUGAUAGUAUUUUCUCACUGGAUUCACUGUCAUCAGCUUAUGCUACAGCUCUGGCUGAGCAACUUCAGCUGGAGGAAUGUGAUUCCAGUGACGCUGAGAGUGAAGACAGUCAGAUGUCUCAAGAUUCUCUUGUUAUGGAGAGCAGCGGGAAGCAUAUGACUGCCAGACCAGUGCUGAGGUUUAAAAAAGUUCCAAGCCACUUAACCACCCCUACAGUACCAGCUUCAUGCAGCUCUCAGGCAAUCGACAAUAAAGAGGGGAUGAGAAUAUCCAAAGAUGUACCUGCAGAGGUUUUCUGGAGCCUUAAUGGUAGUCAGAAGUCGAAAACUGAGAACAGCCCAGGCAUGGCUAAAGAGCCUUCACACUUCUCUGGUCUAGCGUCUGAAUCUAGACCCUGUAGCGUUGCAAGUAUCAGAGACACAGAGAAUCCACUUGCUCUUACUGAUGCUUGGUCAUCUACUGAUGCAGCAGACAGUCCUAGAAUCAUCAUGCCUUCAGGACACUUGCUCAAACAGGAUCCACACACACUUAUAGAGAGCAGUAGAUGCCAAAGCUCUACUAGUCUGGAUCUGUCAGACAACAUGAUUGUCUCAGAAAGCCAGAGCUCACCUUGUUCUGACUCCACUCAGGAUGAAAAUACAACACUUGAAGAACAAAACAGCACAUCCUUUGAAAAUACCCUGUUGUUAGAGAAUGAUCUCAAUUUUAUCCCAGAACAGGAGAUGGAUUUUAAGGAACGGACUACCAGUGCAGAACCAUGUACAACUCAGACAGUCUGUGAUUCUACAGAUACCAGUUCAAAUGGGUUAGCACAUCCAAAUAAACCAACCACUGGAAAUGAACCACUGAAUCCCACUGUGAUUAAAGCACUGCUGAUCAACUCGUGUUCCAACGAUGGUGAGAUCUCAGCAAGUAACACUUGCUUCCCAGUUAACUCUAGUAGGGAAGAUUCACAUGUUAGAGAGGACCCAUCAUCAUAUCCAAUACACCCUGCAGAUUGUUCUCUGAAGUCAAACAUAAACCUGACAAUGGGUUAUCAGGUUUCAAGAUGCGACAAUGCCAGAGAUCCAGAGGUUAAGAACUCUAAAGCAGUGCAGAUUAUAAACGAAUCGCACAGCACUUUAAGCACUGACAAUGGCACAAUCACUGGAAACUAUGAUGAAGAAAAUAAGUAUUUCUAUACAAAACAGUGCACAGAAAUGGCUUUUACAACAGAUACCAAAAAAUAUGCAUUGACAAUGGAACAAUUAGAGAAGCAAGAUGUAGUAGUUAAUAGAUUUGGCACAGAUGGUGAACACUUUGGGAAUGAGGCACUCACUGGAACAUGCGAAAUGAAAGACUCUCACACAGGCUUUGUGGGAAAUGUGAAACUUCCAAAGAAAAGCAAUGAAGAUGUUUCAGACACUGAGACAGCACUUUUAAAUAUAGAUCAGGAACAGUUGUCUGCUUGUUCAACUAUUAAUGGAGAAUCUGUAAAAAAUACAUCUCUUUUGGAAAACUGGCUAACAGCUGAUACGAUGGAAAACUCUGAUAAAGAGCUAGAAGACAAAAAAAUAAAAAAUGCACCAUUAGCCAGGGAUGAUCACAAGACUUUAAUCGGCAAAGAUCACAUUAAUACUUUUAGAAAUGACAGCAGUGUAUGCGAUAGUGGGCUUACACAAACAAAUUGCACUAGCCUGAAAUCCUUGAGGAGUUCAGAGAUUGAAAACAUUAUAGACAACAGUAAAGAGGAUAGAAAAGAUGCAUGCAAGAUUAUGGAGGGAGAGGCCAACAACCGAUAUUUUCAAAUGAGCGACUCAGCAAUUAAUGAUAAAAUAUCAGAGGUGGUGAAAGAACAUUUUAUGACGUCUCUAAGAGAAGACUGUAGUGAAGAGCAAGAGUCAAACACAAAGAAAGAAAACACUUCUUUAGAAAAAGUGCAUGAUUUUAAGUUCAAAACAAACAAACAUGAAUUUGGUAACAAAAGUACUCGGGCUGCAGUACUUUUGUGUAAAUCAGAGAUUAACACUGACAACUCUACUGUACACUUGCAGAACAGUGAUUCGCAAACAGAAUUAAGAGAUGAAUAUUGUAAUGUAGAAUUGGAGGAAUUUUGUUCGAGAAAAUAA